AUGCAGACCCGGUGUCGGACCGAUUCGCCAGUCAUCUCCUACAACGUGCACGGCCUAAACAUACGAGAGACGUACUCCAGACUUCUGCAAGACCUCAAACACUACAAGAUGUCCAUAGUGUUUCUCCAGGAAACGCACUUCCAGGAAGGCCGAGCAUCAGCACUGAAAGACCGCAAUUUUCAGUUUGGAUACUUUAGCAACAACCCUGACCGGCGCACGCUAGGG